AUGGCUCUGUUGUUGUUUUCACAGGUCGUCAUGAUCCUCCCUCCCCCAAGGCUUUCGCAUGAAACCUCCCACGGGCCAAUUCCCGUUCCCGCUCAAAAACCCUUCAUCAAGUGGACCCACGCACCAUGCGAUGCAAGCUGGGGCCAAGCCCAAGCAAAGAGGGGUGAACAGCUUCAUUUUUUCUCCGCCGAAGUCCACUUCUUCAACUGUGUUCUCGUCAAGAAAUACAAGAUGAGCGCUGCAGCAGAUGUCACACAGGGUGAGAAUGUUGCCUCAGGGGACAUGCUUGCCCCGACGCACUGGGAGAACACUGAAGCUACGGACAACUCAGAUGCCGACUCUGCGAUCGGCGACGACGCCGCUAGCUCAACCGCCAGCAUCAACUCCAGCAUUCUCGAGUAUCGAACCAUAAACGGGCGGACGUACCACGCUGAGCGAGGCGAUGCUCAGUACUGGGCAUCAAACGACAACCAGGCUUCUGAGGCCUUGGACAUUAUCCACCAUACUUCCACGCUGAUCAUGGACGGCAAGCUCUUCCUCGCGCCCGUCAAAGAGCCCAGCAAAGUCCUCGAUAUCGGGACCGGCACUGGGAUCUGGGCCAUGGACUUUGGCGAUGAGUUCCCAGAGGCGGAGGUCAUCGGCACAGACAUCUCGCCCAUCCAGCCAACCUGGGUGUCCCCAAACGUCAAGUUCGAGAUUGAAGACUUUACCCUCGACUGGACGUUCCCUCCCAACUCCGCCGACUUCGUCCACCUCCGUUUUCUCUACGGCAGCGUGCCCGAUUGGUACACCUUGUACGAGCGCGCCUACCAAGUAACCAAACCCGGCGGCUGGAUCGAAUCUCACGAAGGUGACCCCAUGGGCCGCAGCGACGACGACAGUCUGAAACCCGGCAGCGCAAUUGCAGAAUGGGGCAAGUUCUUCCACGAAGGCGGCAAGAAGCUGGGCCGCGUGUUCACUCCCCUUCCCGAUAAUCUGCAGGAGAAGGGUCUCAAGGCAGCUGGUUUCGUGGACAUCCAGUCCAAGACGAUCAAGGUCCCUGUUGGCGAUUGGCCGCAGGAUGAGCGGCUCAAGGAGAUUGGAAGGUUCACGACAAUGAGCAUUCUAUCCGAUGUAGAGGGACACAUCUCGUUCAUGGCUACGCUCCUUGAGGGGUGGACCCAGGAACAGGUCCAUUUGUACUGCUCCCAGCUGAGGAGGGAGUUGAAGUCCAAGAAGCCGGCGCACGCUUACUACCUGCAACGUAUUGUUUGGGGACGCAAACCCGCCGAGGGCGAGGUUACGGCGACAGAGUAG